AUGGGCACAAAACUUCCUUCCGGUCAAUUGGACAGGUCAAUGUGUCCUGCCAUCUUAUUUCCAGAUCUAGAUAUCAUUCUAGGCAGCGAGCCCCUCCCCGUUCCUGCCUUUGAAUACGUGGGAGGCCGUCCCAAAAGAGCCGUCCAAAUGAUUCCCUUAAUGAUAACACUCGGUUACUGGCCUUUUUCAGCCUCUGAUUUGUAUAAUUGGAAGACUCAUAACCCCUCUUUUUCUCAGGAUCCUCAGGCUCUAACUGCUUUAAUAGAGUCUAUUCUCCUCACCCACCAUCCCACCUGGGAGGAUUGUCAGCAACUCCUCCAGGCCCUUCUAACCACAGAAGAAAGACAGCGAGUCAUCCUGGAGGCCCAGAAAAAUGUCCCCGGGCAGGAUGGGAGACCCGCUCUGCUCCCAAAUGAAAUAGAUGCAGGUUUUCCUCUGACCAGACCCAACUGGGACCCUGAAACCGUGGCCGGUAGGGAGCGUCUCCAUCUUUAUCGCCAGACUCUGUUAGCGGGUCUUAAAGGGGCCAGAAGGUGCCCAACCAAUUUGGCAAAGGUAUGUGCUAUAACCCAAGGAGAAAAUAAAACCCCUGCAGGGUUUCUAGAAUGCCUGACAGAGGGAUAUCGGAUGUACACCCCUUUUGAUCCCACAGCCCAGGAGCGUCAGGCAGAUCUUAUUAUGGCCUUUAUAGGACAAUCAGCUCCUGAUAUCCAUGGUAAGCUCCAACGGCUGGAGGGCCUUCAGGGGUACUCUUUACAGGAUUUAGUAAGGAAAGCUGAGAAAAUCUACAAUGAGCGAGAGACCUCAGAGGAAAGAGAGGACAGAAUUAGAAAAGAACAGGAAGCCAGAAAAGAUAAGAGAGAGAAAAAGAGAAACAAAGAGUUGAGUCAAAUUUUGGCCACAGUAGUUACCUUCAUGGUAGACACAGGAGCUCAACGCUCAGUUUUGACAACAACCAAGGGACCCAUGAGUUCCAAAACAGCCUGGGUCCAAGGGGCUACUGGAGGAAAGACAUAUAGGUGGACCACAGAAAGAAAAGUGGACCUCAGUACAGGACAGGUCUCCCACUCGUUUUUACUGGUCCCAGACUGUCCAUAUCCCCUUCUUGGGAGAGAUUUACUCUCUAAGCUGGGAGACCACAUCCAUUUCACUAGAAAGGGAGCUACUGUAAAAGGAAAAGAUGGAGCUCCACUACAGGUAUUAACCUUGCGGCUGGAAGAACAUCGGUUAUAUGAGGGACCGAUAGCAGGAACUCCUGGUAUAUCUGAUUGGCUAAGUAAAAUCCCCUCGGCAUGGGCCAAGACAGGAGGCCCAGGACUAGCACACAAUCAGCCUCCAAUAGUGGUUACACUAAAACCAUCCGCAACUCCGGUUUCAAUCAAACAAUACCCUAUGAGCAAAGAGGCCCGAGAGAGAAUCAGGCCCCACAUUCAAAUACUUUUGCAAAUGGGCAUACUUCACCCUUGCCAAUCCCCUUGGAACACCCUGCUGCUCCCCGUGAAAAAGUCAGGGAUGGAUGAUUAUUGACCAGUUCAAGACUUAGUCAAUCAGAGGAUAGAAGAUAUCCAUCCCACCAUUCCUAAUCCCUAUAAUCUCCUGUGUUCUUUACCUCCUAGUCACAGGUGGUAUACUGUACUUGACCUGAAGGAUGCAUUCUUCUCCCUAAGGCUGAGCCCGGUUAGCUUUGCUUUUGAAUGGAAGGACCCUGAAGCUGGAAUAUCGGGACAACUAACCUGGACGCGACUUCCCCAAGGAUUCAAGAACUCCCCUACUCUCUUUGAUGAAGCUCUACAUCGUGACCUGGCUGACUUCCGGGUAAGAAACCCACAGAUUAUGCUCCUCCAGUAUGUAGAUGACCUCCUCUUAGUGGCCGAGAUGGAAGCUGACUGUUUACAAUGUACAGAGGCUCUCCUAUUGAGACUGGGGGAACUUGGAUACCGAGCCUCGGCAAAGAAAGCCCAGAUCUGCCUACAGCAGGUAAACUAUUUGGGCUACCGGCUGGAGGGAGGGCAACGAUGGCUAACGGAAAGUAGAAAGCAGGUGGUAGCCUCUAUUCCCCCACCAACGUAGGCCAGAGGACUCAGAGAAUUUUUGGGAAGUGCAGGAUUCUGUAGACUAUAGAUACCGGGCUUCACCGAGAUAGUGGCUUCUCUAUACCCUUUAACAAAGAAUGGGACCCCUUUUGCCUGGACAGAACACCAGAGAGCUUUUGACAAAAUAAAAAGAGUGCUGCUGACGGCUCCAGCGUUAGGAUUGCCAGAUCUGACAAAACCUUUCAUCCUAUAUGUAGAUGAAAAUAAUGGUAUGGCAAAAGGAGUUCUUACUCAGACUUUGGGACCCUGGAAAAGGCCAGUGGCUUAUCUCUCAAAGAGACUGGACAAUGUGGCCGCUGGCUGGGCCCCAUGUUUGAGAAUCAUGGCGGCAAUACCAUCCCUGGUAAAAGACUCAGACAAACUUACUAUGGGUCAGCCCCUGACUGUUAUAACACCACAUGCGGUGGAGUCUAUCAUUAGACAGCCACCUGACAGAUGGUUGUCAAAUGCCAGAGUGACCCAUUACCAGGAACUAUUAUUAAAUCCAGAAAAGAUCAAGUUUGGUAGCCCUGUCACCUUAAACCCUGCCACGCUGCUACCAACUCCCCAGAAAGACACUGAGAUUCCCCAUGAUUGUCAGCAAAUACUUGCGGAGACACAUGGGACCAGGGAAGACCUUACCGACAAGCCCCUAACAGAUGCAGAUGCCACCUGGUAUACAGAUGGGAGCAGUUUUCUGCGAAAUGGUGAACGUAAGGUGGGGGUGGCGGUGAUUGAUGGGGAGAAAAUAAUUUGGGCCCAAGCCCUGCCGGCUGGAACAUCAGCCCAACGGGCUGAACUAGAAGCCCUAAUCCAAGCCCUAAAAUUAGCAGAGGGCAAAAAGGUCAACAUUUACACUGACACCCGCUAUGUGUUUGCCACGGCUCAUGUACAUGGAGAAAUUUACCGGAGAAGGGGACUCCUCACCUCAGCUGGUAAGGACAUUAAGAACAAAGAAACAAUAGUGGCCCUUCUGCAAGCCUUGUAUUUGCCUAAAAAGGUCAGCAUUAUCCAUUGCCCUGGACAUCAGCGAGACCAGGGGCCGAUUGCUCGAGGCAAUUGGAUGGCAGAUGAAACUGCCCGUCGGGCAGCAGAAGAAUUACAUUGUGCUUACAGACCCCAGAGUUCAGGACAGGUAGAGAGAAUGAAUAGAACUAUUAAAGAGACCUUAACCAAAUUAGCUUUAGAGACUGGCACUAAAGACUGGGUGCAGCUCCUACCUCUAGCUCUAUUUCAAGCUAGGAAUACUCCUGCUAUACAUGGUCUAACCCCCUACGAAAUUCUUUUUGGAGGGCCACCUCCUGUUCUCAAUGUAACUUUGUCCCCCUUGCCCUCUUCCUUUGAUAACCCCAGCUUGAAAACAAGACUCCAAGCCCUUCAGAUCAUCCAGAACCAGGUUUGGAAGCCCUUGGCUGCUGUCUACUGGCCUGGGAGUACAUGAACACCCCACUCCUACCAAACUGGAGAUCAGGUGUACGUGAGAAGACACAAGGUAAAGACUCUUGAACCACGGUGGAAAAGACCCUACACGGUUCUCCUGACUACACCUACAGCCCUCAAAGUAGACAGGAUUUCAGCCUGGAUCCACGCUUCUCAUGUCAAGAGAGCCCCAGCCCAGGAUGACAUUGGAAAAUGA